AUGCCACGUUCUGAAGAAGCUGAGGCAUGGGCGAAUGCUGUUUACUCCGCCAUUCAGGAGGUACCAUACGGCAAGGUCACCUCAUACGGCCAUAUUGCUCUGCUUCUCGGUGAACCUCAGAGACCCCGCCAGGUUGGUGUAUGCUUAAAGCAUAUGCCAGACCCAGAGUCCGGGCUUGAAUACAACUCGGCUACCGUGCCGUGGCAGCGGGUGAUCAACAGUAAAGGGAUGAUCUCUCACCGCGGCCCUGGCAGCGCCGAGCGUCAAGCUGAUGCUCUCAGAUUGGAAGGGGUCGAGGUGCGCUCGGAAUCAAUGGGAGAAUUCCACGUCGAUUUUUCCCGCUAUGGAUGGUUUCCCAAGCAUUUGCCGAGCGAGGAGGGCGAUAGCGACGGACAUGACGAGUCUGAUUGA